UUUAUUUGUCUGCUUUUGUAUGUCUGUCCGUCUAUCUGUAUUUGUCGGUUUCUCUGCCAGUUUGCCUGUAUUACUACCUGAUUGACCAUCUACAUGUCGGAUUGUCUGUCUAUCUAUUUCUCCGUGUCUUGUCUCUUCAAACUAUGCAGAAAAGAAUUGUUUUUAUUUUAAUACGUAGUGGGUUAUAUAACAAAAUAGGUUUCUUAAAGCAGUGUUUUUAAAAGAAAGAUAAUGAUUGUUCCGUCAAAUUGUAUAGUAGCACAGCUUUGUUUUUCAAAAUAUUGCAUUAAUGUAAGAUGAGUCAAUUUAGGCAUUAUUGAUAAUGGUUUUAUUUGAAGGUUCGUAUAAAAUCCUUUAAACUUCUCUCAAACCACGAGAUGAAGGGGCUUUUAUAGAAUAUCAAUAUGUUUCCUUGAAGAAUAUUUGUUGAUAUUUGGUAAAUACAUACUUAGUGUAGGUUUCAUUCUCAACACUAGGUAAAAUAAAUGUUUGCUAUGGUUUUAUACAUGCAUGGUCGACUUUCAAAACCUGAUCCAAAUAUAACGCCUUUGAAGUGUUAUGAAAUGUUGUCAUCUUACUUUUAGCCCGGAUAAGUUGAAAGCUCAGAAGUGAUGGCCUGCGUCAAACGUACAUACAUACCAGAAAAUGGUCACCAAUUGGAAGAGAGUAUCCAAAAAUGCAAAGAAGAAGGACUCAUGCCUAUUUUGCAAGCUGGAGUUCAAGUAAAAGGAAGAAGUUUAUUAGAUGCAAAAGAGUUAAAAGGAAAAGAAGUGGCUUUCAUAAACGUUGAAAAACUUGAGAAAAAGAAAUUAGAUGAAAAGGUCAAAACGUGUAUCAAGCAAGACAAGAAAGAGUUCGAACGCCAAACAGCGUUACUUGAACGCCUUCGGGCUCGAGUUGGACGCACGGUCGGAUUUGAAAUAGAGGAUUUUGAAAAUUGGGCAGGAAAUCAAACGAGCACUGUUUUAUCCUGUUACCCACAAACAAAAGAAGAGAUGUCAAUUAUCAUCAAAUUUGCCGCAGAAGAAAAUAUGGGAAUCCGGUGUGCUGGAUCCCGACAUAGCUGGGCGCCUGUGUUUGCUGAUUCGUUUCAAAUUUGUGUCAAUACAGAGAAUAUGAAGAGUGACUACACCAGCCGAACAAACAUCAGGAUAGCAGACUUGCACAGGGGAACAGUGGAUGUAAUGACCGGUGUAACUACUGGUGAUCUCAAAGCUUUUCAACUUCAAGCAAAGCUUAACCUCAACACAAACGUCAUUUUGGAUCUGGUCCAAAUGGUCAGCGUUGCCCAGACUGGCUGUCAUGGCGUUGGCAUAGAUACACGCUGCUUGAGUGACUACUUGGUAAAGAUGAGGGUUUUUGACUCAAAUGGCGAACUCCGAACCUAUAGUUCUGAUGGAAUAGACGGAGACAUUGAUCUAUUUAGAGCAGUUGCUGCUGGAUUCGGCUGUUUUGGAAUAGUUUACGACAUGACGAUUAAAAUGGAUCAUGAAGUAAUCGUAGAAACGCGCAACUUCUAUCCUAGCAUGGCCAGUGUAUUUUACUCAGAAGAGAAACUGCGAGAAAUCAUACACAACAACUGGGCCGUUGAAAUCUUCUGGUUUCCAUUUAGCUCUCUUCCAUUUGAUCUCUCAAACGAUGAAAUCUGGGUAAGAACAUUCAACAAGAUUUGUCCGGAGGCCAUCGAAAAAGUCGAAGAUGUGAAGUUUUAUGAGACCCAGGACGUGUACGACUACAUAACACAGGAAGCACUGAGAAUUGUCAGUCCAUUCAUCACGGCCAAUGAACCAAUUGUCCCUCUUAUGCAGUGGCUCUCCUUCUUGACCCUAAAAAAUGUAAUAUAUCCAGACAGAGUGGAACCGUUAUAUCAAGAAAUCCCAAAUGCCGUCCAUUUUAGAAAAUAUUUGGAAAAAGCGAAGGUUUAUGAUUUGGAGUUUGUGUUCGACUACAGAGCUGACUAUGCCAGAUUAAUAGAUAUCAUUAACGUCGUCAUAGAGAAUGUGAAAAUAUUUAAGGAAAAGAACCAGUAUCCUUUAAAUCUUUCAUUAGAAAUGCGAUUCAUGACAUACAGUGAUGCUUAUCUUGGAACUGGAAGUAUUGCCAACCCCAAAUAUGGAGGAUCUGGACAUGUUGUUUGUAUUGAGGUAUUGUGUUUGAAAGGAACUGAGAGCUGGAAAGAUUUUAGCGAAGCCGUCGGGCAAAAAUGGAGCGACUUGGGAGGUGUUCCACAUUUGGCCAAACAAUAUGACCAACUUGAAGGCAUAUUUGAAAGCAUCAGAUCAAAAAUGGCCAUGCAAAUUGAAGCAUUUAAUUGUCAACUGACAAAUUCAGGAGCAGACCCAUCAGGCAUGUUUCUAAACUUGGGGAUGCGAAAACUUCUUGGAAAAAAGCAACCUAGAUGAACACAUCAAAAGAUGAAGACAUUAAAAGAUAUGAACUGACUAUUGCAAGUCAUUAUUUAAGCAUAUAAUCUAGCUUUUUAAUGUCAACAUAUAUAUUUUUAUCGUCUCGUAUCAUGAUAAUUACAUGCAUUUACGAAUUAUGCAUACAUUUGAAAAUUAGAAGCGGGUGUUUUCUAAUCAACACAGUUUAUUCAGUUGACUCAUAAGAUUUUUAUCAACAAAAGUUUGGACUUUCUAGGAGGUCGAUUUACUGGAAGUAAAAAAUGCAUGACGUCAAACUCAAUUGUACAGUGGUAAUAACGUUAUUGUUGACAGGCCAAUAGUGCUCAAUCGUGUACCGUGCGUGAUUUUUCGUGUAUCCGUUGUAUUUGAGCUUGCAAGAUAAAUAUUGCUUUGCGCUUUUACAGUCCAUAUCCGUGUAGAGUUGUACGUUUUUUUCUUAUUGUUUUUCUUUUUUCGCGGAAAGCCCUGUUUAUUUAAGGAAUAAGGAAUUAUUCUUUGAGUAAUUGUGGAUGGGGUGUGAUCGAACCAAUAAAACCCGAAGAGCUUCAUGAUAGAUUUGAUCACGGCCUGACCAUAAUUAUCACCUCAUAAUAUUUAAACAACGAUUUGUUAUAACUUAUGUUUGUAUAAUUGUUAACAGUUAUAAGACUAAAUAUUAAUUAUUGACACUUGCGUCCAAUAAUACCGCAUUUGCUGCUUUAGUGAAAUUAUUGGACUACAUAUCAUAUACAAAAUUCAAGGUAUAAUCUCAAACAGAGACGCUAGAAAAUGUAAAUAUUGGUAUUAAUUCUUUUAAAAAUAAAAUUGAUUAAAAAGAAGGUUUAAAAAAUUAUCAGCAUGCAUUUAUUAUUUAUUACAGGGAAAAAUGUAUAUAUUGCUUGCUUCCUCUAAGUUUUACGGUUUAAAAUAGUAAUUCUUCUUUUAUUUCUAAAUUUAAACAUAAAUUUGGUACUGAAUAUUUUUUUGUGGAGAACAGAAAAUAACAAAUGACAGGAACACAUAUAAAUGAAUUUCAAAAUGCCGUUCAUGG